AGUGCUCCCGGGCGCCUUUUCGCCUGUGUCUUUCUCAGUUUCGCGUCUGGGGUGGGUCUCCGGUGGGUUCUCGGGUCUCCGGAGUAGCGGGCGGGCCCAGGAGGGGAGAUACGUUGGCUUCAUCCUCUGCCGUCCUCCUCGCCCUAGUUGUGAGGACCCGGGAGCCCCCGGGCCGGUGGGGACUGAGCUCUCGGGCUGGAGUCCGCAUCUUCACUUUGUGUCAGACCCUACGGGGACUAGAGAAGCAGGAAUCUCGGUGGAGGCACUCGCUCCCGGCCCCCUGUUUUGCCGGGGGGACCCCGGAACCCUAUCGAGGAGGCAGGUCACUUCCUGCUUCCUGGUCCCCGCGGUGGCUUCGUGGCCAGGAGUGCGGAGACGCCUCCUAUUUCUCCGCCUCCGACCCGAAGAGUGGAAACUGAGGCAGAUCGGAGGUGGGGCUGUCACAUGGGGAUCGAAGAGGGAGAAUUUCUGUUCGUGACAAAACCAAACUUGUUUGGAGUUGAGGAUGAGGACUGGGCAGGUUAGCUGGACUUGUCCAUCGGUCGGAAAGCCAGCCCCUCUGACCAGAGCGGAGCCUUGGUCGGGAGCCCAGCCCCUCCGAAGCCCAAGCUAUAGAAGUCGGGCCUUCUGAACAGUGGUGCAGAGUAAGAAAAUUGAAGUCAAAGACCAUGGGAGAUGCUGCCAAACCUUAUUUUGUGAAGCGUGCUAAAGAGCGAGGGACUACUGAUGAUGAAGAUUUCAGAAGGGGUCACCCCCAACAAGAUUAUUUAAUAAUGGAUGAUUAUGCUAAAGGCUAUAGCAGUAAAAUGGAAAAAGGCCCUCCCAAAAAAAAAUUAACACCAGGGAACUAUGGGAAUACCCCCAGAAAAGGACCAUAUGCUGUUUCCAGCAAUCCAUAUGCAUUUAAGAACCCAAUUUACAGUCAACCUGUUUGGAUAACUGAUAACCACAAAGAUCAGAGUAAGAGAUGGCUAUCUGAUGAACUUGGUAAUGCAGACAGUUGGAGAGAAUUCAAACCUGGACCUAGAAUUCCUGUUUUAAACCGACCAAGAAAAGACUCUUUUCAAGAAAGUGAAGAUGUAUAUAGGUGGCAAGAUGGAAGAGGCUGCAGAACUGUAAGACGAUUGUUUCAUAAAGACCUGACAAGCCUGGAGACCAUGUCAGAAAUGGAAGCAGGAAGCCCUGAAAACAAGAAGCAGAGGUCCAGACCUAGGAAGCCACGGAGGACUAGAAAUGAGGAAAAUGAACAGGAUGGAGACUUGGAAGGCCCUGUGAUCGACGAGUCUGUGCUUUCAACGAAGGAACUGCUGGGCUUACAACAGGCUGAGGAGCGAUUGAAAAGAGACUGCAUCGACAGGCUGAAAAGGCGACCAAGAAACUACCCUACAGCAAAGUAUACCUGCAAACUUUGUGAUGUUUUAAUUGAAUCCAUUGCAUUUGCUCAUAAGCAUAUCAAAGAGAAGAGGCACAAGAAAAACAUUAAGGAGAAGCAGGAGGAAGAGUUGCUCACCACGUUACCCCCGCCUACACCCUCCCAGAUAAAUGCAAUUGGUAUUGCCAUUGACAAAGUGGUACAGGAGUUUGGCUUACACAAUGAGAACUUGGAACAGAGACUAGAAAUUAAACGUAUCAUGGAAAAUGUGUUCCAACACAAGUUACCAGAUUGUUCUCUGAGAUUAUAUGGAUCAUCCUGUAGCAGAUUGGGUUUCAAAACUUCGGAUGUAAACAUUGACAUUCAAUUUCCAGCCAUUAUGUCUCAGCCAGAUGUUCUCUUACUUGUCCAAGAAUGUUUAAAGAACAGUGACUCUUUUAUUGAUGUUGAUGCUGAUUUCCACGCUAGGGUGCCAGUGGUUGUGUGCAGAGAAAAGCAAAGCGGUCUUCUCUGUAAAGUGAGUGCAGGAAAUGAAAAUGCUUGUCUGACAACCAAUCAUUUAACGGCCCUUGGAAAACUAGAAUCAAAGUUGGUUCCUUUGGUGAUCGCAUUUAGACACUGGGCAAAGCUUUGCAGUAUAGACCGCCCUGAAGAAGGAGGUUUGCCACCUUAUGUGUUUGCCUUGAUGGCCAUUUUCUUUCUUCAGCAGAGGAAAGAACCCCUUCUGCCUGUUUAUCUAGGAUCAUGGAUUGAAGGAUUCUCAUUAAACAAACUAGGGAAUUUCAACCUUAAAGAAAUACAGGAAGACUCUGUAGUCUGGGAAUACACUGAUAAUGCUGCAGGGGACACAGACACAGCAAAAGAAGAGGCACCAAAAGAAAUGCCCAUUAAAAGGGGACAGGUAUCAUUAACAUUUGAUUUAAAACAUCAGCCUUCAGUACCAGUUGGGCAGCUCUGGGUGGAAUUACUUCGAUUCUAUGCCUUAGAAUUUAAUUUGGCAGAUUUAGUAAUAAGCAUCCGUGUCAAAGAAUCAGUAUCUCGUGAAUCAAAGGAUUGGCCCAAAAAGCGCAUUGCCAUUGAAGAUCCCUACUCUGUUAAAAGAAAUGUGGCAAGGACCCUGAAUAGUCAGCCUGUGUUUGAAUUUAUUCUUCAUUGUUUAAGGACAACGUAUAAAUAUUUUGCUCUUCCACAUAAAAUUACAAAAUCCAGCCUUCCAAAGCCACUGAACACUGUUACCUGCACCUCUGAACGUUCUAAAGAAGUAGCAAAGCAUGAUCCAGGUGUACAAGCCAAAGGUGACAAGCUCAAGAACUCAGUUUUGGCUCAAGGUCCUGGUGCUGCCAAUUGCACCACAAACACCUGCAAGGUACAGCCACUCCCUCUUAAGGAGACUGCAGAGAAUUUUGAAAGCCCGUGUACAGGGGAAACGGGGAACCCCUACAUCAGAACCCACCUGGAAAACGCAGACUGUGUCAAGGCAGAGGUCAGUUGCGAUGACCGUGAGGAUGUUAAAGUACCACGUCAAGAAACAAGAAGUAAAAAUGAGAAAGAAGAAAAUGGAAAGGAGGGCAAGCAUCCUUUGAGUACUGACCGUCAGUCAUUAAGUGGUGGCGAAGCUGGAGAGCUUACCGCCAGUGGCAGCACAGGAAAUAAUGAGACAGAUGGCACUUUGGGUUUAGAAGGCUUCGAAAAUGCUACAGCCAAAGAGUGCAAGGAGUUUGCGACUUUAGAUGACAAAGCUGAUGUUGAUGAGGAAAGCACAGAAGGUGCUAAUGAACUCGAAGACACCCUAAGCCACUUUACCCCUUCAGGACAGGACCAGACCUCAGGAAUCACUCACUCUGACGAAGAAGAGGAGGACGAAGAGGAGGAGGAAGAGGAAGAACCCAGGCUCUCCAUUUCCCAAAGGGGAGAUGAGGAUGACAUUGCAAAUGAAGAUGAGUUAGACAAUACCUACACUGGGUCAGGGGAGGAGGACGCCCUAUCUGAAGAGGAAGAGGAAAUAGGAGGGUCUGCUAGCUGCGAAGGCUUGCAAGAAGGUGGGAAACAUGUGGACGGAGAUCUCCUAGUGGAACUGAGUAAAAUCAGCCUCAAAGAAGAAAAUGUCUGUGAGGAAAAGUCAACUGUGGAUCAGUCUGAUUUUUUCUACGAAUUUAGUAAACUCACCUUCACCAAAGGCAAGUCUCCUACAGUAGUAUGCAGUUUAUGCAAACGAGAGGGUCAUCUAAAGAAGGACUGUCCUGAAGACUUCAAAAGAAUCCAGCUGGAGCCUUUGCCACCAUUAACACCCAAGUUUUCAAAUAUCUUAGAUCAAGUUUGCAUUCAGUGUUACAAGGAUUUUUCUCCAACUAUUUUAGAAGAUCAGGCUCGUGAACAUAUUCGGCAAAACCUAGAAAAUUUCAUAAGACAAGAAUUUCCAGGAACUAAAUUGAGCUUGUUUGGCUCCUCCAAAAAUGGAUUUGGGUUCAAACAGAGUGACCUCGAUGUCUGUAUGACAAUUAAUGGACUGGAAACUGCUGAGGGCUUGGACUGUGUAAGAACUAUUGAAGAAUUGGCAAGAGUCCUCAAGAAACAUUCAGGGCUGAGAAACAUCUUGCCUAUUACAACAGCAAAGGUGCCAAUUGUGAAGUUCUUCCAUUUGAGGAGUGGUCUCGAAGUGGACAUCAGUUUGUAUAACACAUUGGCCCUUCAUAACACAAGGCUCUUAUCUGCUUAUUCAGCCAUUGAUCCCAGAGUGAAAUAUUUGUGCUACACCAUGAAAGUAUUUACAAAGAUGUGCGAUAUCGGUGAUGCAUCUAGAGGCAGCUUAUCAUCAUAUGCAUACACGCUUAUGGUGCUAUAUUUCCUCCAGCAGAGGAAUCCACCAGUCAUUCCUGUCCUUCAAGAGAUAUACAAAGGUGAAAAGAAACCUGAAAUAUUUGUUGAUGGCUGGAAUAUUUAUUUUUUUGAUCAAAUAGAUGAACUGCCCACCUAUUGGCCAGAAUAUGGAAAAAAUACAGAAUCUGUUGGGCAGCUGUGGUUGGGACUUCUUCGUUUCUACACAGAGGAAUUUGAUUUUAAAGAACAUGUUAUUAGCAUCAGGAGAAAAAGUCUGCUUACAACUUUUAAGAAACAGUGGACCUCAAAGUACAUUGUUAUUGAAGAUCCAUUUGAUUUGAAUCAUAAUCUUGGAGCUGGAUUAUCAAGGAAAAUGACAAAUUUUAUAAUGAAAGCAUUUAUUAACGGUAGAAGAGUAUUUGGUAUUCCAGUCAAAGGAUUUCCAAAGGAUUACCCCUCAAAAAUGGAGUACUUUUUUGAUCCAGACGUGCUAACUGAAGGAGAGUUAGCCCCAAAUGAUAGAUGUUGCCGAAUUUGUGGGAAAAUUGGACACUUCAUGAAGGACUGUCCUAUGAGGAGAAAAGUGAGGCGACGGCAUCAGGAAGAUACCCCAAACCAAAGAUACCCUGAGAACAAAGAUAAAAGAAGCAAAGAAGACAAAGAAAUUCAAAACAAGUACACAGAGAGGGAGGUGUCAACAAAAGACGAUAAACCCAUGCAGUGCACACCUCAGAAAGCCAAGCCAGUGAGGGCAGCUGUCGACCCUGGGAGAGAGAAAAUUCUCAGGCUACCGGUGGAAAAAUGGAAGAGACAGGAUGACAAAGACUUGAGAGAAAAACGUUGUUUUAUUUGUGGACGAGAAGGGCACAUUAAAAAGGAAUGCCCACAAUUUAAAGGCUCUUCAGGUAGCCUUUCCAGUAAAUAUAUGACUCAGGGAAAAGCCUCAGCGAAGAGGACCCAGCAGGAAUCAUGAGGGAAGGAAAAUGCCGCACUCUAAAUGCCACUCAGGCAUUCCUAUUCACUUUGAAAAUAGGGUUCAUUUCACAGGACACAGCAGCAUAGAUCAGGCUUCAACUUAACAUUUAAGGGAAAUGUCAGAUUUUUUUUAACUUAAUGAAAUUGUUAAUGAGGAAAAAAAAUUUUAAUAGAGUCUUACCUAUUACAAAUCCCAUAGGUUUAAGGAUUUUAAUAGAAAGCCAUGAUGUAUGUAUUUAAGACAGGUUUAAAAAAAAAAAAUGUAACUAUGGGCCAGUAUUCAGUGAAUACAAUUUCAUGGUUUUUAAAUCUCUCAAAGCACGCUAAAAAUAGUGUGCUGAUAAACUCCAAGUAAAUUGAUCUUUUUUUUCCUUAAAAAUUCUUUUUUUGUUUGUUUGUUUUGAAGAGGGGAAAUUAUAUUUAUUGUCGUUGACUGAAUCCUUGUGUGAAAGCGUGUCAAAUAUGUGUGAACUGCUACUACUGUAUUUACGAUUUUCAGACUUAUUUUAUUGCUCUUUGUAGAAGUGAUAACGUAACAUGAGUACCUAUUUAUGUGAGCCUUCUGUGGAUGAGCAGUGCCACCAAGGGGCUUUUGGUUUUCUCCCUCUCUAAUUUUAAGUAAGUUGACAUAUAAUUACUAUGGUCAUAAAAAUGAAGUAAGGAAAACAAGAAUCCUGUUUGCUGCUAAAAAAAAAAAAAAAACAUUUUCAAAGGAAAAAUGACGAAAUAAAAGUACUUUUUACUUUCUAUGAUAUUCAGAAAUUAGGUGGAGCACUUUUUAAAUCCCUGAAGAAGAAAGAGGCUAUCAUCUCUCUGCCAAUCACGAGCUGGAUUGGUUCAUGUUGGUCUGACUGGAGCCCUCAUGGAACUGUUUCUCUAAUUCGCAAGCCCUUCUCGUAAGCAGUAUAUGGUCAGAACUAUGCCUUAGUUUAUUUAUCCUUUUGAAAUAAAAUCAAAACAUCAACCUGUAA